CACCAGUGCGAUGGUAGCGUGAUCUUUACGGAAGCCCUUACCAUCAUUCUUUGGCGAACUGCUGACCGCACCGGCCUCGACUACUGUAUAAACUUGACCAUGUUCUGUCGGAAACGGGCCGAACGGGGUCUGUUCCAUUGAUGGCACCAUCCUUCUCUUACCUCUCCAUGUGUUAUCUAAUUGUAUAUAUGCAUGCACGACGUGGCGGAUGCGACUGAGCUUCGACGCAAGAUGCUUUGGUCCUUGCUUUUUGCGCCUCUUCUGGUGGCCGCUGUCCAUGGUGCCGCUCCAAGUGGACCUUGGGAUGCUUUCAACCUCGCUCCAGAGUCCAGGGCCGUCUACCCUCAGGCCGUACACGAGUAUGGCGGUGACGUCGUUGGUGCUGACGGCCUUGUAGCAAAAGGCAGCGCCACCUUCGCAGGGAUUGGAGCGUAUGUAACCCUCGAUUUUGGUCUCGAGGUUGGGGGACUGAUCUCCAUGACUUUCGACGAUAUCGCCUUUGGCUCAUCUAUUGCCCUGGCAUUCACGGAGUCCCCACUAUUCAUCCGCCCACUCGAGUCCGAUGAUUCUGUUGUUGCUUCUGCGAACAUGUCUUAUGACGGUGCCCUGCUUGUAUCUGCUCCACUCGAGACUGGCUUUUGGACGCAGCCAUCUGCACGUCUGAGAGGCGGAUUCCGCUAUCUGACUGUCACGUCUACUUCGAGCAGCAACGUCACGAUUUCGAAUGUCUCUUGCGGCAUCUCGUUUAUGCCUCAUUUUGAGAACCUGCGCAACUACAGCGGGUACUUCUAUGCAUCGGAUCUUGCCUAUUCCGAUGAAGACUUUUUGACUAAGAUCUGGUAUUCCGGUGCAUAUACGGUACAGACGGAUACAAUCGCUGUGAAUUCAGGAAGGGAGCCUUACGUCUCUUCUCCUGGUUGGUUGAACAACGCAACAAUCGGAGUUGCAGGGCCCAUCGUUGUCGAUGGCGCAAAACGUGACCGGACCGUUUGGCCAGGUGAUCUGGGCAUUGCCGUGCCAACGCAGUUUGUGUCGACGAACGACCUCAUUUCGACAAGCAACGCACUCUCGACCUUGUUCUCCUUACAGAACCCGGAGACCGGCCAGUUGCCAUAUUCAGGCCCUGUGCUUGACCUCGGGAACAGCGACACGUACCAUGCGUGGAGCCUAAUCGGAGCUUACAACUACCAUCUGUACUCUGGGGACACGGAAUGGUUGGAGGAGAUCUGGACUAACUAUACGAAGGCGGUGCAUUAUUUGGAAGGCCUGGUCGAUGAUACGGGAUUGUUGGAUGUAAGCUGGCCCCUCGACUGGGGCCGGCUUUGGCAGGGUGGGCAUAACUCCGAGGCCAACGCGAUCUACUACAAGGUCCUGACAAACAGCGCUGAGCUAUCCAGCUAUCUAGGUGACAGCGAUCUGUCUGAGGCAUGGUUGACGAACGCUUCUGCCUUGAAAGCGACAUUCAACAACGCUUUCUGGGUGGACAGCGAGGGCAUGUACAAGGACAAUUUGACUUCGUCCCUCUUUCCUCAGGACGGAAAUUCUCUUGCUGUUCUCUUCAACCUGACAGAAUCGAUCGAACAGGCUGCAGCUGUUAGUGAAGGCCUCACGAGAUAUUGGAACGAGAUUGGCUCGGUAUCGCCCGAACUCCCUGAUACCGUUGCUCCUUUUAUCGGAGGAUUCGAGCUCCAAGCACAUUUCGUUGCCGGCCAAGAUAGGCGUGCUAUGGAUUUCCUUCAUCGCGAAUGGGGGUAUAUGCUGUACACGCCAUUGAGCGUUCAGUCGACGAUGCUGGAAGGAUACACCGCAAAUGGGUCUCUUUACUACCGUUCGUAUGACGGAUACGAUUACGACGCAUCAUACAUCAGCCAUUCCCACGGCUGGAGCACCGGGGCAACGUCGGCGCUGACGUACUAUGUUCUUGGUCUCACGGUGACAUCGCCAAAUGGACAGACAUGGUCGGUUGCCCCGCACACUUCUGACCUCUCAUCUGCAGAGGGCGGAUUCGAGACGGCGCUUGGGUGGUACGGAGUUCAGUGGUCCUCGAGCACGGCCGCCUUCAACAUCUCGAUUUCAACUCCAAAGGGAACGAGUGGUAUUGUGGAGCUGCCAAUGAAUGGUACGGUCACGGUGGAUGGUAGUGCAAUUGACGGCAAUGGCUCUCUCUCGAUUGAGCUAGACGGCGGAAACCACACUAUCCGCAUACAGAACUGAUGGGAGCGAUUGUGUAUGUAUCGAAACAUUCACACAAUGUAUUUGUGUAGGUAACAACAGCACAACGUUGCAGCCGGUAGUGAACGAGUCAAAG